AUGAUACCAUUGGUCUACCUUGCUAAGAAUUUUCUCAAACUCUCCGAAAUGCAGCUGGCAUUGCAACUCGUCGCCAUCGUCGCCGGUGCUCUCUGCUAUGUCGGAUAUUUUCACCAUGGCGAACACCACCUUCAUGCCCUAACCUACAUCCAAGUUCAUACUGUCGCAUUCCUAGGCCUGGCCGCCCUGCUGUAUUUAGACGGGUUCCUUCUGGUGGAGGCAGUUCUACAGACAUGCGUGUACGAUGCCCUCUUUCUGGCCGGGUUAUAUGCCAGUCUUCUUGUGUAUCGCGUAUUCCUGAACCCACUCAACACCUUUCCUGGACCAAAGAUGGCACGCAUCACCAGCUUCUAUAUGCCUUUUCGUAUCCAAAAAAUGCAAAUGUACAAGGCUUUGCACGAACUGCACCGUGAUCAUGGCUACUUUGUGCGUAUUGGCACUGGUGAAUUGUCAAUUACGCAUCCGCGGGCAAUCCAGGAGAUUUUCGGAGCCGAUUCCGUAUGCGAAAAGAGCCCAUGGUACGACAUCAGUCGACCGCAAGACUCGUUGCUUCUUCGCCGGAGCUUCGCUGGGCACGCCGAAUUGCGUUCAGUCUGGAGUCACGCCUUCUCUGUCAAGGCUGUCAAGGGCUACGAGGACCGAGUUCAAAAAUAUCGGACUAAACUCAUUUCCGGUAUCGAUGCUCACAACGGCCAAGCCGUGGAUGUUAACAACUGGCUGGGGCUGUAUUCCUGGGAUGUAUUGAGCGACUUGUCAUUCGGUCAUCCGUUCGGCAUGCUUGACAGCAAGGAGAGACAUUGGGCAUUGAAAAUUCUGGAUCAUGGGAUGAGUGUUAUUGGUCCACAUUUGCCAAUGUGGUGGCUCCGUCUUAUGAUCGCGAUGCCUGGCGGUAAGGAGGAUAUGAAGCUUAUGUUGAAGUAUUGCCAAGAGGAAAUGCUUUUAAGAUGGAAGAAUGAGCCUAAGCAACCGGAUGUUAUGAGCCACCUCUUUGUGCCAUACAGGCGCAACGAGAAGCCUUGGAAUGAUGAAGCGGUAAACCUGUUGGCUGGGGAGGCGCACCUACUUAUUAAUGCUGGAAGCGAUACUACGAGAGUCACAAUGGCUUGCGCUUUGUUUGCACUUACUAAACAACCUGAGCUCGCGAAGAGACUGCGUGAAGCACUGGAACCACACGUUUCACAAUCACCAGAUGCAGUGAUACUCGAUGACAAGAUUUCGAAUAUAGACCUUCUGAACGGGAUCAUUUCAGAGUCACUUCGCAUGUAUCCUCCAAGUCCUAGCCACCCAACUCGAGUGACUCCUCCUGAAGGCACUAUGAUCGCAGGCAAAUUUAUCCCGGGCAGAACGCAACUUAUUGCUCCGCAAUACGUUAUCGGACGUGACGAAACCAUCUUCCCCCGAGCGACUGAGUUUAUUCCUGAACGUUGGUACAGCUCUCCGCACUUGGUCAAAGACAAGAACGCAACGGCGCCGUUUUCACUUGGGCCGAUGAACUGCGUCGGGAAACAGCUAGCUAUGACAAAUGUUCGAGUUACGCUGGCAACGAUUGUCAUGCGCUACGACUUGAGUUUCGCCCCUGGUCGUGCCAAUCCCACAACCGACUUCGUAGAGGGCAUGUGUGAGCAUUUCAGUCUUCAACCUGGUCCUUUGUAUCUACGCAUGGAGAAGCGUCAGGUUCCAAAAUAG